CGGCGCCGCCGCCGAGCGCGGGCGAAAGUUGCGCUCCGGGAGCGCGGCGGGGGCGGCCGGACCGCGCUCCCUGCUCACCCCGCGGCUCCUCGGCCCCUUCCCGCCGCUCGGCCCGCUCCCGGCAGCCGCUCCGAUGCGGCGCAAGCAGAAGCGGCUGCUGCAGGCGGUGGGGCUGGCGCUGGCCGCCCUCGUCUUCUUGCCCAACGUGGGGCUCUGGUCCCUGUACCGCGAGCGGCAGCUGGAGGGCGGCGGCGCGGCCGGCGGGGACGGGGCGGCCGCCGCGGGGGCAGCGGCCGGUGAGGCGCCGGCGCCAUAUGUGAGGCAAAAGAAAGACCCUUACUUUGCUGAUGGACAAAGGAAAAAGGACUGGCACAACAAAGAAGCCAUAAGGAGGGACUCAGAGCGUGUAGGAAAUGGAGAACAGGGAAAACCUUACCCAAUGACUGAUGCAGAGCGAGUGGACCAGGCAUACAGGGAAAAUGGCUUUAAUAUCUUUGUGAGUGAUAAAAUUUCUCUGAAUCGUUCCCUUCCAGACAUCAGGCAUCCAAACUGCAAGAACAAGCUGUACCUGGAGAAGCUGCCCAACACCAGUGUGAUAAUCCCAUUCCACAACGAGGGCUGGUCCUCCCUGCUGCGGACGGUGCACAGCGUCCUGAACCGCUCCCCGCCCGAGCUGGUGGCAGAGAUCGUGCUGGUGGAUGACUUCAGUGACAGAGAGCACCUGAAGAAGCGGCUGGAGGAUUACAUGGCGCAGUUCCCGCGCGUGCGCAUCCUGCGCACCAAGAGGAGGGAGGGGCUGAUCCGCACCCGCAUGCUGGGGGCCUCGGUGGCCAUCGGGGAUGUCAUCACCUUCCUGGACUCCCACUGCGAGGCCAAUGUCAACUGGCUGCCACCUCUGCUAGAUCGCAUUGCCCGAAACCGCAAGACCAUCGUUUGCCCAAUGAUUGAUGUCAUUGACCACGACCACUUUGGAUAUGAGACCCAGGCUGGAGAUGCAAUGCGAGGGGCAUUUGACUGGGAGAUGUAUUACAAGAGGAUCCCUAUUCCUCCUGAGUUACAGAAACCUGAUCCCAGUGAUCCCUUUGAGUCUCCUGUAAUGGCUGGAGGACUGUUUGCAGUCGAUAGAAAGUGGUUCUGGGAGCUGGGAGGGUAUGAUGCAGGUCUGGAGAUAUGGGGAGGAGAGCAGUAUGAAAUAUCCUUUAAGGUAUGGAUGUGUGGAGGUCGCAUGGAGGACAUCCCUUGCUCUAGAGUUGGUCAUAUCUACAGGAAAUAUGUUCCAUACAAGGUUCCCACAGGAGUCAGCCUGGCAAGAAACCUGAAGAGGGUGGCUGAGGUGUGGAUGGAUGAGUAUGCAGAGUACAUUUACCAGCGCAGACCCGAGUACCGGCACCUCUCGGCGGGCGACGUCGCCGCGCAGAAGGAGCUUCGCAACAACCUCAACUGCAAAAGCUUCAAGUGGUUCAUGAACGAGGUUGCCUGGGACUUGCCAAAGUUCUACCCACCAGUGGAGCCUCCAGCAGCUGCCUGGGGAGAGAUCCGCAAUGUGGGAACUGGACUGUGUGUGGAUACUAAGCAUGGAGCCCUGGGAUCCCCACUGAGGCUGGAAAACUGUGUGAAGGACAGAGGAGAGGCAGCAUGGAACAACGUGCAGGUUUUCACCUUCAGCUGGAGAGAGGACAUCCGUCCAGGGGAUCCUCAGCACACCAAGAAGUUUUGUUUUGAUGCCAUUUCCCACAGCAGCCCUGUGACCCUCUAUGACUGUCAUGGAAUGAAGGGGAACCAGCUCUGGAGAUACAGAAAAGACAAGACUCUCUACCACCCAGUCAGCAGCAGCUGUAUGGACUGCAGUGAGAGUGAUCGAAAGAUCUUUAUGAAUAGCUGCAAUCCUUCAUCUCCAACACAGCAGUGGAUAUUUGAACACACAAACUCAACCAUCUUGGAAAAAUUUAACAGAAACCUUGAUCUUUAAAAGACUGAGAGAAAAUAUAUAUAUAUAUUUUUACAAUUAUAGUUUUUACUGGGGAGGGUUACAAAAAAAAUUUUUAAUACUUUUUUUUAAACACUUCAUGAAGGUAAAAGGGAGAAUCUCAGGAGAAGGUUAAUUAGCAGGCCAGUCUUUAUUGUGAAGAUGCUGCAUCCUUCUCUUCUGGGGAUGGUGGAAUUUUAAAGGCUUUGCCAGAGCCAUUUCUGUGCUGAGACUGAACAGAAACUCUGUUUUUAGAGGAGUCUGAAUGUGUUUCAAAUGGCGCUUUUUAUUUUUUACCUUUUUUGUUUUGUUUUAUUUCCCACUGGGGUCUGGUGUUAAAUGAUUUUUGUUAUCCAGGACCCUGCAGGACUUUUUGUAGCUGCUAUACUACCCACUGAAGCAUUGCCACAUAGGUGCUUUAUCUUCCAAACUCCAUAUAAAUAAAAUAUUGAAGACAAGAUUUAAGCCUCCAAUCAAAAAAAAAAAAAAAAAAGCCCAUUAUUGUAAAAUGAAAUGUGUCUUUUUUUGCCCAGAACCAAAUAUAUUUCAAACAGGUUGAGUAUUAUUACUUUCCAAAUCAUAGCUCUGAUGAAGGAAUGAGCUCUAGUGGAAGUGCAGCCAAGUGUUGGGAAUAUGGCUGUUGUUAUUAGCCAUGAGGAAUCUGGGUUUCUGGUCCAUUCACUUUGCAGUCAGUUUGUCACUCACUGUUGAAUCUUCAAGGUGAAAGAUUAGCAGAGGGUUUUUAAAUAAUAAGUUCUUACAGGUAAAGACUUUAUGCUAAGAGCCUUUGGAGAUCAGGUUCCAAAUUUGCCUCUUAUAACCUUUUUAGCACAGACAUCUCUAGGAUUUCUCAGUGAAAUCUACUGCGUGAAGACAAUUUCCAUUCUUCCUUUAGAGCUUUGAAGGCUAAGUUAAUUUACAGUUGGUGUGAGCAGAUUAAUUCAGGAUAAUAAAGUCAGGGCUGAGAUUAGCCAUUGGUCUUUAUCCAUUUGUUCAUCAGUUUGUAGUUUCUUGAGUUCUGUGGUCAGUGGUGUUCUAGCCUUGUGGAAAUGUGCUAUUCAUCUCUCAUUUCCUAGCACCCACAGCAGUGUACAGCUUACUGUGACUGCAAAUCUGUUUGCUUUAGCAGAGAUGUGGGGCUGAUGGACCCAUUUUCCUGGUACCCUCUCCUUUGUGCGUGAGGGAGCAGUGCAAAGUGUUAUCCCUUCUGGUUUGACUGUGGGAUCUGCCAGACAGUAAACCAGGAUUGUCUCAUCCCAAGAGCUGGAAUGUACUGACACUGAAUGAAUGGAGGACCAUUGGUUCAAGUCUAUCUGAAGCAAGUAUUUUUUAAAAACCUGGUUUAAAAUGAAGUUGUUGCAAAAACACAUUUACUAGUUCCCCUGACUUAGUCCUGUACUGAAGGGAGCAGUGGCAUUUUCUGGUAAAAGCUGGGAAUGAUGAUGCAGUGAACAGAUGCUGUGUAAAUUAGUGAACAGGAUUCCUUUGCCAGGAAUUGCCCAGCUCCUUGGUUGUCUAGCUGCCCAUGCAGGGAUGUUGCAAGAGUAGGUAGCAGGCACCCAGUUCUGGAGUGAUAAGUAGGAGACCUCUGUGAGAUGCUUGAUGAGCAUGGUGAAGGCAAGGAGAUGCUUCCCUGGUGUCCCAAAACAAGCAGGGUAGCUCCCUCUGCAGAGCUCCAGAAGCAAAAGCCCUUUUGUUGCCAAUUGUAGGGUUGUGUCCCGUGUUUCAGAUGUGCUGGAUGCCAUGUGAUGCUGUGCCUGGCAGCUGGGAGCAAACAGGGACACAGCUGUCUGUCCCCAAACUCUCCAGUCUGGUGCAUUGUGUAGGAGGCUCAGAAUCAUUUCCACCUCUCUCAUCCACACAGCUCAGGCCAUGUCUGACCUUUCCUGCCAAUUUAGCUGGUCCAUGGAGAACAGGAAACAUGGGCACUGCAUUGCAGCUGGGACCAGGCUUUGCAAAUUUUGUUGUCUAAGAUUUUGGGAGUGAAGAAAGAAAAAACAGCCCUAGACUUCCCUUGUGACAGUUCUGCAGCAGUAUUGGAUGGAAGUGAGAGCAGCUUCAAGCAGAGUUGACAUCUUAUGUUCUCAGUUACUACAGUAUGUCUGUCAUUACAUCCCUUUGCAUUUCUGUGGGAGCCUGAGUCACCUUCCAGCACUUUGUGUCUGACUGCUGCUUUCCCUAAGUUAUUAAUGCUCUCAUUAGCAGAGUAGUGCUGACUGUGGAGCCACUAGAUGGCCUGACUAGAUGUCUUUAUGAAUGUUUUAAUGCCUGUGGAACAAGAAGCUGUUUGUCCAUGAACAGUGCUAGUUUUUUAUAACUGGGACACAAUCAGCAUAUUCUAUAAAUGGACUGUAGGUUGUUCUGCUUGCAGGUUGCAGCUUUGUGUGUCUUAGUUUUCUAAUGAGAGGAUUAGCUUCUGUUUCUAAACUGCAUGGCUUGCUUUGUACUUGGGCUCACCUUGUGAAGGAAGCCCUUGCUUGGCUCACUGGAUUCUUGCUUCAGAGAGAGCUGCAGCAAUGAACAGGUCUUUUACCACUUGGUAAUCUUAAUUUGGAGAGAAAGGUCAGCUCUUAGCAGCUUGCACCAACAGAUUAGGCAACAGUUGAGGCAAUUCCUAUUUGACAACCACCACCAGUACACAGAAAUCAGAGAUUUAGUGUCAGUGCUUGCACCAGGUCCAUCUCAGUGUGGUUGAUCUUUUUUCUGAAGGUUUGGGAUCUGCGUGUGGCAAGAGCCUCACAAAUUCUGUAUGCUUCAGACUAGCUCACUGGGCUUUGAGCUAUUAAUUAUUUGCAUCAGUUACACUUUUCAGUACCCUAGAGGCUUUGUUGACUAAUGCAAAGACUUAAUAUUAGCCAACCAUCCACUGAUUGAGAAAUAUAAGCUGUAUUUUAUCAUCUGCAUCUUUAACUGAGCCUUUGCAGGGCAAUCUCGUUAAUUAUUCUAAUUACUUUUGGUUAUUUGUAAGCAGAAUCACUAAAGCAUGAGUACAUAAUCAAAUCUUCACAUCUGCAUGCAAGUCAAGACUGGAGAUUAAAUACUAGUGAUUAUCUAAUGCCAAAUACAUGUUUUCAGAUUUUCCCCCCAAAGGUAUUGAAAUACCCCUCUCUUUGUGGUUGCAUAAGUUUUGCUGCUUUUAAGUAUCAGAAUCCCAGACUACAGGGUGUGUGUUAUGUUGCAUAAAAAUACUUUGAUUUGCUCUUGAAGCUGUUGUUGAUCUAUACUGGUGCUAAUCUCUAAGGCCUACAGACAGUAAAUAGGUUUGGGGCUCUCAUGUGUGCAAGGUGUCUUUUCUCAUACCUAGGAAAUUAAUUCUCUUUUUCAAACCACAACAGAAGAAAGUGUGAGCCUUCCUGAAAGGGGAAUACAGCAUCAUUAAAAUAAAGAUGUGCCUUUUAAAAUGUAAAUGUACAGCAAAUGCUUAAACUUGAACCAUUUCCUAGUGCCUUGCUGGACAAGAGAGGAGAGGGGAAGGGGUUGGGGGAUAAGGAUGUAAGAGAAAGCUUGACUCCUGCAGGGUUUGUGUGUGGAAUUUUUUUUUUUAAUGUCUGAUUUUCAGUGCAAAAUUUGUGUGAACGACAGUAAUUCAGAAGCUCCUGGACUCCCUCUGUUAAAUCGAUAUGGUUAAUGACUCUGGGGAGGUUUGUCACUCCUAAUAGGAAGACUUGGAAACGUUGGCAGCUUCCUCUGGGUGUGCUCUAACAGCUGAAGCUGUACUGGAAGAUGUCUUGGUGAGCUGCUGGAUGUUUCACCUCCUGGUGAAGGCUCGUGAUUUCACUGGCAUGCAGGAUCCUACAUUUUAUUUUCUAAGUAUGCAAAUCACAAAUAGUCCCAAAAGCAUAUAAAAUCUGUAGCAGAAGUGUCUUUCAGAAGAAGCUGAUGCCUUCCAUCAUUGGGAAACUUUUUCAAGAGUGUAUUAAAAUCUCUAAUACAGAAGUAGCAAGAAAGCAAUUUCUCAGGCUAACUUUCCUCAUGGUUGGUUUUACAGCAGUCUGUGCACAGGGCUUUGCUUUCCUUUACUACUGGAGUGUUCCAGUCAGCAAACUUUCCUUCUCCCUGAGAGUCAAACAGGCACCAGCAGCAUUGCAGGAGCACAGUGCUCUGGGGCUGCUGCAGGGCUGUGACAGCAGCUCUGCUGGCUCACAUCACCCAGGGGAGACAUCUCCUAACAGUCAGGCUGGGCAGUCAUGGAACUGCCAGGUGAAAAGGGAGAAGAUUUUAUUCUAAAUUAUCUUUCAGGAUACAGACAGGGACUUGGAAUUGAUUGGAGAGAACAGCCAGCCUCUGGCAGUCAGCCUGUCAUGCUUGCAGUCAGAAGAGCCCUGGUAAAGCCAUGUGUGAAACAGCCCAAGUGAUGCAGGUGUACCUUCAUCCCACAGCCUCUUCCAGCUGCUGGGGUUCGUGGAUCCUGGGUGGUUUCACAGGUUACACAGCAAAAGGGAGCUGCCUUGUGAGUCAGGAGCACUGGGUCCUGCUCCCAGCUGCCAUGGCCUGUUACUUACCUUAAGCAAGGAAAGUCUGUGUGCUGCAAUUUCCCAGCUUGUGUAGGAUUCACCUUUAAGCGCUUUGUUUUCUGACCUAAUGAGUGUUGAGUCCAGAUUUUUAAAACAAGCUGCAAAUCUUCACCUGGUUCGAGUGGAGAGAUAUGUGGUGGGUGGAGAAUGGGAAAUGAGAUCUGAAAUUGCCAUCAGCAUUCAACACAGACUCAUCAAUUCAUUUCAUAUUCCUCAUUAACCAGUCAGAUUGAUUUAUUCACAUUAUAAAUUUGAAGUGUGACCAAAAUAAGCUCACCUCCUGCUCUGAUUUCUACUUUGUAGUGUCAUGCUUUAGCUUGGAGAAUCUGUAUGGAACUAGGCAAUGAUAGAUCAUGGAAACCCUAAUAAAAAACCUGUGUCUAUUUUUCACUCUGCCUCUGUUAGCUGUUUCACUCCUUAAUUGACUGCAUUUGAGCUUUCUUGAUGCUUCUGUAUGACCCAAAAGGCUUCAAUGAUUCCAGCAGUUGUGAGUGAUUUGGGAGUUUAUAUAAAGCCAUUGGAUCAAUGUGGUUUUAAAUAUACUAGUUCGACUCAUGGAGAAAAGUCUUAAUCCCUGGUAGUGAGCAAACAAAUGUGAACUUCAGCCACAAAACAAGAUAAAAACUGAUCAAGCUAACAGCCUGGAACCUUAGCCCUUACGAUAACAACAACAAAUAGCUUUAGCCUCUAGGGUGGAGAAGGGAAUUGGUUUCAAAAUGCAUUCUCUAGGAUCUCGGUGAUUAGGUCUAAGUUUGUCUGUACCUUGUACUGCAUGCAUUUUCUCUGUAAAACUGGAUGGUGCCUCUUGAAUCAGUGUGUAUUUAUUUUGUGCGUAUUAGGACCAACAGCCUAAUAUCUGGGGGUGGUAAAGGACUUGUAGCACUUUAAUGUAGUAGCUUUCAUAAAUUGGGAAUCAUUGAUAGAAUGCCUAGUGUUUUUAAAGUUGAAUGGA